AUGGUGAAGACACAUAGAUGCAAGAAACUCUCAUGUAAAGAGCAACCUUUGGACCAAGAAUGGCAUAGAAGAAUAGAGAGCCUAGAUGUGAAUUCCAGUCCUUCAUUGAUGCUGAAUAUUGCCCUUGCACUCCAACAUGUGCUGGUUCUGUCCUCUCUGUGUGCGCUGGUUGUGGAAACACUCAUUCAGGAAGUAGACAAAGACAGAAUAGUGGCCUAUGUGUUCUUUAACUCAGGUAUAUCUACGCUGUUGCAGAGCUGGAUUGGAUCACGUUUGCCAUUGAUCUUGGCUCCAUCUUUGGACUUUCUGAUCCCUGCCUUGGCUCUGCUUUCUGCUCAGUCAGGGACUGCUGUGGCCUGCAGGGGGCAGUGCACUGAACCAGAGGAGCCUGUGGCCCAGCACUCCCAAUAA